AUGAGAGCUCUAACCAGCUACUUCGUGAAGAAGUACGAACGAACCAAGUACAGACUGGAGGUCAUCGAGAGGAGGUACAAGCUCUUCUCCUGCGGUACCUUCCUAAUAGAUCUGCAGUACAGAAUCAGGAACACCCGGCAGCAAAAUAUAAAUAUCCGCGAAAAUAAACUCAUGGAGGAAAAAAACAAGCUGCUGAAGAUCCUCAGAGAUUACGAAUGCGUCAAUUACGAAAAUGUGCCUAUCAAGCGCGACUGAAUGCACUUUAACGACUUAAAAAUUUACGUUCAGAACUGCGAAAUUGUGAACACGUCAGAGGGGGUAGGCCCCGACCAGAACCAGGGCAAAGGUCAGUCCGAGCUAAGCCACUUAAUCGGGAAUGUAUAUAUUGGUAAAGUGUUACGCUUGGGGGGCACAGCUUCAGAGAUAGUCGCAGCGAACUCAGUGCUGGGCAAAGACAUUAUUGGCAUAUUCACCCUCAAGUGCAGAGUUAUAAACGAUACGAUUGUAACUCCUUACCAUGACAUUGUCGAGUAUCCUUGCAGCCAUCUGAAAAAGGAUCAUGCAGUGUGCGCAGCUCUCCGCUCCUUUUACGAAGCUCACAUUUGCCUGAGUACCCUGAGUUGCUCAAACAAGCUGCAGUACAUUGCCAUUUUUGCGGACGAUAUUUUUCAAGUGCUCCCAUUUUUGAAGCUUCUGAUGAGGCGGAAAUUCCUCAUAGAGGUAUUUUUGUCGAGCAAGCCGAGCGGGAAACCAAAUGGGAAAUCAAAUGGGCAAUUGGGUGGAGAACCGAGCGGAGAACCGAUUGAAGAACCGAGUGGACUGACAACCCCAACAAAAGCGCUGCUGGAACAAUUCCACAUCAGCAGUGAGAUCAUGAAAGAACGAGUCUCCAUACGGACCCAAGACACAAACGUCCAACAGCACAUGCACGACAUAACGAACGGACUUGGAGUAAAAACCAUCGUUGUCUUCCCACACGCCAACAGUGACACUAGCGUUUUAAAGAGAAACAUUUUCACAGUAAGUGCGUUAAAUGCCAAUAUAGUAUGCAUGACGCACUUGGAUUACUUAAAUCCACACGAAUGUAAACUGCUGCAGGAGAAAGGCAUAACCCUCCAUUUUUUUAACCUGACCAAUUAUCUAAAUUACGAUUAUUUCAAAGUGGCCGAUGCAUUUAAUUACGUGUUAUUAUCCUUCCUAAACGGAGAUGUGGCCAUUCCAUCGGUGCCUAUAACGACCAAGUCCUUUUCCAGCAUCGAGGAAAUACUGGCAAGUGGUGGCGCCUCCCCACACGAUAAAUGUUACAACAUUUACGUUAACAGGAAUAUCCAAUGA